AUGGAUGUCAUUAGUCCAAUAGAGCCAUCCACCUCUAAUGGACAUAGGUUCAUUUUAGUUGCUAUUGAUUACUUCACCAAGUGGGUGGAAGCAGCCUCGUAUAAAUCAGUUACGAAGAAGGUAAUAGUAGACUUUGUCCGUAACAAUUUGAUAUGUAGAUUUGGAAUACCGGAUUCCAUCAUUACUGAUAAUGGAGAAAAUCUCAAUAGUCAUUUGAUAAAAAAGAUAUGUGAGCAAUUCAAGAUUAAUCAUCAAAACUCAACCGCGUAUCAUCCCCAAAUGAAUGGAGCCGUAGAAGCUGCCAACAAGAACAUCAAAAAGAUCUUGAGGAAAAUGAUUGGCAAUCACAGAGGAUGCAUUGACAAAUGGACCGAAGAGUGUCAGAUAGCUUUCGAUGCUAUCAAAAGCUACUUGUUUAAUCCGCCGGUUCUAGUUCCUCCGAGGGAAGGAGUUCUAUUGUUGCUAUAUCUGUCUGUCUCGGAUAAUGCAUUUUGA